AUGACUUUCGCUAUAUAUUUAGUUUUAUUUUCUCUUGUGUUGGGGUUAGUUGCAGUUGCUUCUAAUCCGUCCCCUUAUUUUGCUGCUUUGGGUUUGGUUGUGGUAGCUGGCAUGGGGUGUGGUAUAUUAGUUGGGCAUGGAGGGCCCUUUUUGUCACUAGUCCUGUUCUUAAUUUACUUAGGCGGGAUGUUAGUUGUAUUUGCAUAUUCAGCAGCGUUAGCUGCUGAGCCGUACCCAGAGAGCUGGGGUAGUUGGUCGGUAAUGGUCUACGGGGUUGUCUAUACAGGAGGAGUAUUAUUAGUUUCUGGAUUGUUUUGAGGGGGGUGGUAUGAAUCUUCUUGGGUCUUAGCAGAUGAGUUGGGGGAGUUUUCCGUAUUUCGAGGGGAUAUCGGAGGGGUAGCCUUAAUAUACUCUUCUGGGGGGUGGUUGUUAAUCACUAGUGCAUGGGUAUUGCUCUUAACUUUGUUUGUAGUCCUUGAGUUAACUCGGGGUAUGAGCCGAGGGGCGUUGCGAGCGGUUUAG